UUUCUUCCAUAUACUAACAUGCUUCUUGUGCAAAAAAAAUCUGGGCCUGAUCCCAGUGAAAUAAACGAAGCAACUAGACUCUUCUCUGGUUUAGCGGACCUUGAUUUUGAGUCUGGUUAUAAUAAUCAUAUAUACUUUCAAUAUCUGUCUAAUAGUAAAGAUGAUAUCACUCUUCUAGAUGCCCAUCAUUCUGAGGAAAUUUUUGAUAAAUAUAUUAUUCGGGUUGCAGGUAAGGGCUUUACAGUAAUUGAUCAUCUAUUUGAAGUUUAUGGAUUACCCGAUACCCAUGAGUGCAUUGAUAAGAAUUUGCCUCUCCGCCUGGUUCUAGAUAUUGAUGCAAGGCAGAACUCCGAUCCUAUGAAUCCUGAACUCCCUUCCUUAGAUGGAAGUAAAAUUUCUCGUGAAGAUUUAAGAAGACUUACAAUAAUAUUAUUUAUAUAUUUUCUUGUGCAAUAA